AUGUUAACCUUCUCAGUAACUCUAAUAUGUCUUCUGGUCACUGCGCAAUGUCUCCCUGUCCCAGAGCAAGUCCAUAUUGCCUUAGGGGAUGAGAAAGAUUCCAUGGGAGUUCAUUGGCUUACUUUUGAGGAUGGUAAGAAGGCUGAGAGAUCAGAAAGUACACUUUAUUUCAGCGGAUUCUGAAGUGAUUUAUGGAACGAAUAAAGAUGAUUUGAAUCAAAAAUCAAUCGGAGAGACUCAUAACUUUACAUUCGGUCUUACCAGGUUCAUCCAUAAUGCCGUUAUGACAAAUCUAAGACCAAAAACGACUUACUGUAAGGAUAUUCUCACCCUGUAUCCUCAGUAAUUUUCUGCUUUCAGAUUACAAAGUAGGAUCCAACGAUUCGUGGAGUAGACUUUUCACAUUCAAGACCUUAACCGACGACCCUGAUUACUCUUUCCGAAUUUGCAUUUUUGGUGAUCUGGGAGUGGAGAACGGCAUCUCUCUUGAAUACAUUGCCGAAGCCGUUAAUAAUGACGAGUUUGAUCUAAUGAUUGAUGUUGGUAAGUCUUCAAAAACUCCAGCUAUGAACCACAUCCUGUUUUAGGAGACUUUGCCUAUGAUCUUCAUACCGAUGAUGGCCGAGUUGGCGAUAUUUUUAUGAACCAAAUGGAACCGAUAGCCAGCAGGAUCCCAUUUAUGGUUGUUGCUGGUAAUCAUGAAGACGACGGCAGGAACUUUUCUCAUUAUGUUAACCGAUUCAACAUGCCAAAUGAUCCCUUUGGGGACAGUCAGGCUUACAGGUAAAUUUAACUUUUACUUUGUAAUAGUAAAUGCGUUACAGCUUUGAUGUUGGGCCAAUCCAUUUUGUUGCAAUUAGCACUGAAUAUUACGGAUUCUUCUAUGAGUACGGACCACAGUCAGUUUACACACAGUAUAAUUGGUUGAAAAAACAUCUUGAAGAUUACCAAAAGGUGAGAAAACAACGACCAUGGCUGGUUACCUUCCAACAUCGGCCGUUUUAUUGUUCUAAUGCCAACAACUUCGAGUGUCAUUCGUUUGAAAAUACGCUGGUAAGACGUUUUACGACAUAGGUUCGUAGCAUUUCAGAUCACAAAGGGCUACCAAGACAUGCCUGGACUCGAGAAACUCUACAUUGACAACGGCGUUGAUUUGAGUUUCUGGGGCCAUCAACAUUCCUACGAACGUUUCUUUCCCAUUAGCUAUAGAAAGGUCUACAAUCUCACGGCCGAUCCAUAUUACAAUGCGCCAGCUCCCACGUAUGUCAUCAGCGGUGCGGCUGGAUGUCACACAAAGCACGCCUACUUUGAUCAGAAUCCCAUCCCCGGAAGUGCGGCUCGUUUCGUUGAUUACGGAUAUUCUGUGCUGCAUGUUCACAACAAAACACAUCUUUAUAUGCAGCAGAUUUCCGUGGAGAGACAGAAGAAAGUUAUUGAUGAGUUCUGGCUCAAAAAGGACCUAAAUGUCUGGCCAUCAAUGGAAAGGGCGCAAAACCAUAUGGCCAUUGAAUUUCCUCCGUAUAUAGAGCCUACCACCUGUAAUGUAAGAGAUCCAAGAUGUAGAUUCAGCAGAAAACGAAGGAAUUUGUUUAAUAAACCAUAAUGUAGAAUUGAAUAAAAGUUGAGACUUUUUCUGCAAGGCAAAUUUAUUUGGAGUCUACACUAUUGAUAGAGUUUUAUCAAAGGCAAUCCCUCUUUUCAAAGUAGCUGAUUGUUACAAAAAAAGGUUCAUAAAAAACCCCAUCAUCUCAAAUUUGGAUGCUACCUUUUCUAAUCGCAAUAUUGUCUACAAGUUUGCAUGCCAAAAGCAACACAUUGCCAGAACAAGUUCACAUUGCCUUGGGCGAUUCUCCAGAUUCGAUUAAUGUUAAUUGGGUGACUUUUGAAGAUGGUAAGGCGCAAUAUUAGCUGGUCUCCUACAAUUUUUAAAUAACUUUAUAAGUGGUUUUAAAUUUAGCACCCUCGGAAGUAUUGUAUGGAAUGGACAAACAAAAUCUAAAUCAUCAUUCAAUUGGGAAAUCGAAUAAUUUUACUUUUGGAAUAACACGUUUUGUUCAUAAUGUAGCAAUGACAAAUUUGGCUCCAGAAACGUUUUACUGUAAGCUUAAAAGUACAGCGUACAUAAUUUCCUGCGCUUCGAAUCCUUUCAGAUUACAGUGUCGGUUCAGCAGGUGCCUGGAGUAAGAUAUUUUCCUUCAAAACCUUGUCCAACGAUCCCAAUUAUUCUUACCGAGUUUGUUUCUUUGGCGACCUAGGAGUCGAAAAUGGAAUCUCUUUUGAAUACAUUGCAGAAGCCGCAGAAAAUCAUGAAUUCGACUUUGCAGUUUUACUUGGUAAAUUUAUAUAUUUAACUGUCCAAUGAGGAUUUCUUUAGGAGAUCUAGCAUACGAUCUCCAUACUGAUGAUGGGAGAAUAGGCGAUAUCUUUAUGAACCAAUUGGAGUCUGUUGCCACCAAAAUUCCCCUUAUGGUCAUCGCCGGAAAUCAUGAAGAUGAUGGCAGAAACUUUUCUCAUUAUUCGAAUAGAUUCAACAUGCCGAAUGAUCCAUUUGGAGACAGUCAACUUUAUAGGUAAAAUGAUUUUUUUCAUUUUAAAUUCAUGGGGUUUCAGUUUCGAAGUGGGUCCAGUCCACUUUGUUGGGGUUAGCACUGAAUAUUACGGGCUAUUCCAUAAAUACGGAAAGCACUCAAUUUUCAAUCAAUACAACUGGCUGAAGAAACACUUUGAAGAUUAUAACAGAGUCAGGGAUGAAAGACCAUGGCUGAUUACCUUCCAACAUAGACCGUUUUACUGUUCUACUGCGAAUAAUUUUGAGUGCCAUGGCUUCGAAAAUACUCUGGUAAGACCCAUUAUAACAUUGGAAAGUGAGAUUUGUAGCUGACAAAAGGAUUUCAAGACAUCCCAGGUCUCGAGAAGCUUUACGUUGACCAUGGAGUUGACCUUGGAUUCUGCGGCCAUCAACAUGGAUACGAACGGUUCUUCCCGAUCAGCUAUCGAAAAGUCUAUAACCUCACAAACAACCCAUACCAUAACGCUCCAGCACCAACAUAUAUCAUCUCUGGAUCUGCGGGAUGUAAAUCGAAACACUCUUACUUCGAUCCGAACCCAAUUGCUGGGAGUGCCGCUCACUUUGUUGACUAUGGAUACUCAAUUCUUCAUGUUCACAACAAAACUCAUUUGUAUAUGGAACAGAUUUCUGUGGAGAGACAGAAGAAAGUCAUAGACGAAUUCUGGCUGACAAAAGAUAUCGGGGCCAGGCCAGCAGUAUUCAAGGAUGUAAAAUCGAUCGAUUUCCCGUCUUAUACUCAACCAAACACCUGUAAUGUACACGAUCCAAGGUGUAGAUAUACUCGACAAAGGGAUAACUUGCUGAACAAUAUGUAA